CGAGCAGAGCAGUGCAGAGGCAGAGCAGAGCACAACACAGCCACUCAAGCAGCCAAAAAAAAAUCAAAAUGGCCCGACGACGCAGCGUCGUCCACGACGUUUCGCUCCUUCUCCUGUGCUUCUGCUGGCUGUGCUCCCUGUCCCAGGCCAAGAGGACGCCGUCGUCCAAGAGCUCCUUCCGGCUGCCCGUCCGGGCGGUGUGCCUCGGGGGCUGGCUUGUGACCGAGGGCUGGAUCCUCCCGUCCCUCUUCGACGGCAUCCCAAACAAAGAUCUCUUGGAUGGAACGCAGCUGCAGUUCAAGUCGGCAGCGAGGGGCAUGUAUCUGGCCGCCGAGCAGGGCGGCGGCGCGGCGGUCAGCGCCAACAGGGCGCAGGCCUCCGGCUGGGAGACUUUCAAGCUGUGGAGGAUCAACGAGACGACGUUCAACUUUAAGGUGUUCGGUGGCCAGUUCGUGAGCGUGGGGAGCGACGGCACGGUGGUGGCGACCGCGGCGUUGCCGGGGCCGUCGGAGGCGUUCCAGAUAGUGCGCAACGCCGGCGACAAGAACAGGACGCGGAUUAGAGCGCCAAACGGGGCCUUCUUGCAGGCAAAGAAAGAUGGCUCGGUGACAGCAGACUACGGCGAGAGCACAAGCUGGGGCGACGACGACCCGUCGGUGUUUGCAGUGACCAAAGCCGGGGAGCUGCAAGGGGAGUACCAGAUCUGCAACGGCUACGGCACGUCCAAGGCUACACCGGUUCUCAGGAACCACUGGAGCACAUACAUAGUGGAGGAGGACUUCAGGUUCAUCUCAGCAAGUGGGCUGACGGCAGUGAGGAUCCCGGUGGGGUGGUGGAUCGCCAGCGACCCCAAUCCUCCGGCUCCUUACGUCGGAGGUUCUCUCAAAAUCUUGGACAGGGCGUUCAAAUGGGCCGAGAAAUACAACCUGGGCGUGAUCGUCGACCUGCACGCGGCUCCCGGGUCACAGAACCCCUGGGAGCACAGCUCCUCCAGGGACGGCACACAGGAGUGGGGAACCAAAGAUGCCAACAUCGCCGAGACGGUGCAAGUCAUCGAGUUCCUGGCGUCCAGGUACGCCAAGAGCCCGAGCUUCCUGGCAAUGGAGCUGAUGAACGAGCCGCUGGCGCCCAAAACGUCAUUCGAGAGCCUGACCAAGUACUACCGCGACGGCUACGACGCCGUCAGGAGGCACUCGUCGGGGGCCUAUGUGAUCAUGUCGAACCGGCUUGGGACCGGGGGCAACACUACCGAGCUUCUCGGGUUCGCCGGAGGGUUCAACGGAGCCGUCCUCGACGUGCACUACUACACGGUGUUCAACUCCAUGUUUGAUAACUUCACCGUGCAGCAGAACAUCGAUUUCAUCAGGACCAACUUCUCCAGCGAUCUCGGCUCUAUCACCGCGCAAAAUGGGCCUCUCACGUUUGUCGGAGAGUGGGUGGCUGAGUGGAAGGUGCCCAAUGCAGCAAAGGAAGAAUACCAGAAGUAUGCCAAGGCGCAAAUGGAUGUGUAUGGGCAGGCCACUUUUGGGUGGUCCUAUUGGACUCUCAAGAAUGUUAACGACCACUGGAAUAUGGAGUGGAUGAUCAACAACGGAUUCAUCUCCCUGAAAAGCUAAGGAUUAAUAUGUUAUCUGUAUGUCAUGACUCAUGAGCGUGCUGAACGCUUUAAAUAAGACGGAUGGAUCUGCAAUAGUGGAACACAUAUCUCCUGUAACGGAUCAUGCUUCGCUGUUAUAAACCAUGAUGUUAUUGACAGAUCUUAAACCCUCA